AGCACGUGUUCAUAAACAAAUUUUCAUGAAAGAGGGAUCACAGAACUAUAUAGUAGUGACUUGUAGUUUGGAAUCUAACCCUUCUUAACUCAGGUAGUUUGCUACAGAGCUCAACGCUUGUUAACAUGGGAACUGAAACUAACAAAGAUGAGCGUAACACGCCAGAAUAUUUAGCACAGUUACUAAAAGACAAGAAACAAAUUCAGGCAUUUCCGAAUGUUUUUGUACACUUGGAAAAACUUUUAGAUGAAGAAAUCAACAGAGUUCGAUUACAAUUAUUUCACCACAAAGGAAGCAAUCGAGAUCCCCUUCCGCUACCUGAGGUACAGGGACCUACUGUUACACUAUCAGAAAAAUUAUAUGUCCCUGUUAAAGAACACCCAGAUUUCAACUUUGUGGGGAGAAUAUUGGGACCAAGGGGGAUGACAGCAAAAGAAUUGGAACAGUUCACAGGAUGUAAAAUAAUGGUCCGAGGCAAAGGAUCAAUGCGAGACAAAAAGAAGCAUGUAUCAUUUCAGGAAGAACAAAACAGAGGCAAAGCCAACUGGGAACAUUUAAAUGAAGAAUUACAUGUACUCAUCACAGUGGAGGAUGCCAGACAAAGGGCAGAGGUCAAGAUGGCCAAAGCCAUUGAAGAAGUAAAGAAGCUGCUGGUGCCUGCGCCGGACGGAGAGGAUGACUUAAAGAAACGCCAACUCAUGGAGUUAGCUAUCAUAAAUGGCACAUACCGUGACACUUCUAAACCCUCACCUUCAUCGAACUCUCAAACAUCAACGACUCCUGGUAUGAAAAGACCGUGGGAUCUUGCAAAUAUUCAAGGUGUAGGAGUAGGCUGCCUUUCCCCAACGUCAGUGGGACAAGGAGAAGCACCCAGGCUAAUCACCACAGCACAACAGUUAUCACACAUUCCCAACCUACGCACGCAAACGCCACAAGGUGCCCCCAUCAUUCUGACGCCCAGGAUCCCAACGAGUCAGGCUGGUAUAAUGAACGGUCCCCCACCACUUGUGUCACCAACAGAGGCCGCCACUGGUCUGGUGUAUAACCCUUACGAGUACAGUCCCUACUCUGCGGCCGCCUUUCACCAAGCAGCAGCCCUCAUUGAAUAUCCUUCUUCAUUUGACCAAGCCAACAUUGGUGCAGUGCCUAAAAUCAGGAGAACGCUCGAGGGAAUGAGAGCACACCCUUACGCAAGGGUUUCUCUUCCAUAAAUGUGGAAGCUGCCUACCAACUAACUCAUACCUGGUCACAGUUAAAGUCGAACCCCUUGCCUGUCCGUACGUAUCCAUGCUGUGCUGCUGCUACUACUACUUCUGCAUCGUAUCGAUCAGUCGGUCAGUCGGUCCAAACCUAACACAUGUACUACUGGAGGGGUUUGUUGGGUAGCCGACACUGCACCACUAUAGACGGACCGACAACCGUAUUUGUUGACUUGCAUCACGAACCAUCCACCUUAACGCUCCAUUGGUAACCGUGUGGCAGUGGGACUUAGGAGUACUACUACUACUACUACUUACUUCCAGACGUACUGAAUCGGUACCCUGCCUUCUGCAAACAACAUCCACUAACAUUGCCUUCUACCAGCCUAGUGACUUGGAGGCUGAGCCGAUUAACAUUCUUUUAUCAGAACAGAUGGACUAAAGUGUGAUUAUAGUGUUAUAUUUACACGUUUGUAUGAAAGAGCCCACCGUCCUUGUGUAUAAAAUAUUUUGACAGAAUCGUCAGAAUGUCUAAGUGCCUGGAGAUUACUCGUUAACUAAUUCCUUUGUACUAAUUUGACUGUUGUGUCAGUUUCCCACCGUAACAAAUACAUAGCAUUGUGUGCAAAGAAAAUAUUGCAACAAAAAUUUACCAAUCAAUAUUUUUUUCUUUGAGACAUGUCUAUAUAUAGUAUAUAUUCAUAUAUAUCAUAUACAUUAACCUUGUUAAACCAGAAUUUUAUUAACUUUUUUUUGUACAGUUUUUGGUACUGGCUCUCUGUAGGUGUUUAUACUUUUGAUAUUAUGUCCCGGCCGUUUUUUUUUUUCUAACUUCAGGGACAAGUUUUUUUCGCUAAGCAAAGUCAAAAUAUGAUAUUGGAUCUAAAAGGUUAAAGGAAAGUUUGAUUAUAUGAUUUUGAAAGAAUUUUUUAAGACAGGUUCAAGGUCAAGGCUAUACAAUUAGUUGGCUUUUAAGAUCAUUGCCCUAUGAUAUAAUAAUAACACCUGUUAUUGGUGCAGUAUGUGGUUAGAGAGACUGGUUCGUUGAUCAUGUGUUGUCCUACCAAACACCUUUACUUCUGACAUGGGUAUCACCUCUUAAGUAAAUAUUCAAAUAGUUAAAUUAUAACUAUAUAUUGAAGUGCUCAAUACUCUCCCACCGAAGUAUAUAUACAAAGCAAUAUUUGUUUGGUAUAUAUGAAAGUAACAGCCUCCCAUUUUGUCAGAAAUGUAAUGUUUUAUGACCUUACAGAACGUGUUUGGUACGAUGACUUAGUGGUUCUAACGAGUGAAUUCCAUGUGUUAUAUAACCACGGAGUGGAUAUCUCAGUCCUUGGGUGUUUGGUGACAGUAGGUCACAGAGGUGACCUAGUGCCAUCAGAUCUCAACCUACACACAUACAUAAGGCCUACAGAUAUCUGGCACGGAAAAUUGGACACAGGGACAAGAUAGAAUCUCUUCUUGUGUGGUAAUUUUCUCCCGAACUCGGAGGUGUUAUGUAUUUUGGUUGAUAUUGACAUAACAAAAUAAUUGUUUUAGAUGCAAUGAUGAGAGCUCUACAAUUUCCUCUAUCCUUUCAAUAUUAAUUGGUCUUCAUAAGAAAAGUUAUUGUGCUGGCAAAAACUUGUCGUUUUGAUUGCUUCCCAUUGACACUAGAAAUAAGGAAGAAGAGACUGACAAUCCACAACUGGUGCUUUUAUAUUGACCCAGCAUCAUUACAUUUCAUUACACUGUACAAUUGUCAUCUUUAACAUUGCACAGUUUCAUGGUAGAUCUGCGUGUCAGUGAUUUAGAUGAUAACCUGGGAAGUCAUAUCAAAGCAACAGGUGUCUGAGCCAUUACUGCUGUAACCGUUGUUGUCCUGAGCUUCUGAGCACAGCUUUCUGUUCCUAUCACCAAUUUGCACAGUGCUAUUCCCACUUAAAAAUCCAUUUCCUGUGAAUUUUGACUGCUUCACCCCAUCAAACACAUAUCUAGCUUUAAAACAUCUGUAGACUAUACAGAAUCGUAUAUAAACCAAACUUAUUUUCUGUAUAGAGAGUGUAUCAUGGUAAUUUUGCUUUAUAUAUGAUGUUUUGUGUUAAGUUUGUAGGGUUUUACCAGUCAGAAUCCAUUUGAGGAUGAAAUAUUUACCAAUUUGAUACUCGUUGUACAUAUCGUUAGGUCUUUGAUGAUAACAGGGUAUACUUAUAAAAGAGAUCUUAUUUUCUGUCUAGAUAAUCUAGAUGUUUUUAUCUGUCCUGCAAUUUCAAACAUAUCAAUAUUUUAUAUUAUUGUACUGAGAAAAAGAUCAAAACACUUCACAUUAAGGCAAUGUACUUACUAUAUUAUACAUUUAUAUCAGUUUUUGUGUGUAUCUCUAUGCAUUAAGUGGGAAUAGCACUGUCCUAACUCCUGUGUACAACUGGAUGGGUUAUGUUAUAUUUUGUUUGAUAACAUUUGUAUAGAAUGUCACUGCAUAUGUAACAUGUAUAUAAUCUUCAUAUAAUAUACAUUGAUAAGAAUAUGGAGAGAUGUAUUAAGAAAUGAGUGAGUGAGAGUGAGAGAAAAAGAGAAGAAAAAAAAAGAAAAAAAAAAUAUUGAAAAGAACAAUAGUAGCUAUGCAAUUAAUGAUCAUAUCCCUAUGCUUCCAGAUUUACAUACUUAUUAUGUGUAGCAGGCAUUUGUCAAGUAUUCAAUGAAGGGUUGGAGAAUUAUUGAGAUUUUUUAUAUUUCAAUUUUGGAUUGUCUUCCAAAGAUUGCACAAAAAUGGGAUAGUUUAUUUUUUUUACAAGACCUGUAAAUAUACUCGAUGAAUAUAAUAUUUGAAAUGGGAGUUCCUCAGAAUAUAUGCACACAUUUUUAAGUUAAUUUUAUUAAGAAUUUAUUUAUUCUGAUGGUAAAAGUGUGAUGUUGAGCGAUGAGAAACAAAUAAUUACAAGAUCAUGAACCAAUCAAAAUUCAUCAAGGAACUGAUUUUCUUUUUCAAUUACUAACCUUGAUGGCUUCCACAGUUUUAGCAAAUUACUUAUUGAUCAAAAUGGUAGGACUUGAACAAUUAGUUGAGUGUUCCUUUCCUUGUUUUCACUUGAUAUUAAAAUGUUUUCUAUCUGUUUGCCACCAAGCAGGAACUCCCAUUAAUAUAUAAAUAAGGUGGCUCUUUUUUUUUUCUUUUUUUUUUCUUUUUGACAGUUUAUGCAAUUUAUUUUAAAACAUGGAAAUAUGCUCAUUUAAAAUAUAUCAGUGUCUUUUUUUAAGUUUCAAAGUUUAUUUUGAGUUCAUUUCAUUUUAUUAUUUUGUUAGAUCUUGGAUGCAGGUUGUAGAUACAUAAACCUCAAGUGCCUUUUACUCUUAUUAACGUUGCAUGCACUGAUAACUUGUGCACCGAUUACUUGCGCAGGUGUUUGUACUGGGCCAAAACUUUGUAGCUACUUAGCAUUUGUUUUGUGUAUAUUGACAAGUAUUUUGUUACUGUUUAUUUUUUUUUUGUAAAUAUUAACAUGAUAUUUUGAUUUCUUCCCACCCUAAUUAUUCUUUAUGUUUAUCAUAUCUUUUUGUUUUUGCUGGUGCAAAUAACAGAAAAUGCAUAAUAACAUACAUCCAUGUCCUCCCAGACUGUUGGAGUGUCCGCAUUGGAUUCACCGACAGCCCUACUCAUGUGUUUAGUUUGGAGUGUAUUUUGUAUUAACAUGUGUAGUUCAGAGUCAUAAUUGAAGUGAAUCUCAGAUUUUCCACACAUAUAUAUAUAUAUUUCCUUAUUAAUUGGUAUUCACCUACCCAUACAUAUAGCUUAUCUAGUAUUCCUGAUUUCCCCUCCUCAUUUUGGAAAUACUCCUAUAAAGAGGGAACAAUUCCUCAGAAACCACAUAUUUUAUACAAGGAGAUUAUCAUGAUUACAGAGCUUUCUUCAAUUAAGAUAUUUCAGUACAGAUAUUACUUGUCCCAAAAUGAAAGGAAAAUGGGAUUGGUCUGCAAUAUUAGAUCUGAUAAAUUCUGUGGCAGUUAGGGGCCAAAAACAUUGAAUGAAAUUUAAGUAAAUGGGGGAUAUAGCCAUCCUAUUUGACAUACCAGUGGUUUAAGAAGUGGGCGUGCCCAUUGCCCUGCAUGUUGAACCCCUAUGUGCACGCCUGUAACUUUGUUUGAUUCUCCUCACAGAUGUAACAUAAAUGGUCAUUCGACCAGAACUGCAGACCACCAAGGUGUUAACAGUUUUCAAACAUGGCCAUGUCUUUAUUGAAAUAAAUGUUUAAAAUUCCAUCGAUAUUUGUUAACAAAAAGAUUAUCAUUAUUUACCAGAAUAUGACAUCACAAAACAAUCUUGUUGACACUAUUAUAAUUUGAUUUGUUGAAAAUGUCGCUGCUGAAAUUAAUUGAUGGCCAUGCUAUACACCUUGGGUUGGUUGUUUGUCUACUUAACUUUACGACUAAUUCAUCAUUACAUAUAACACUGCAUUUUGUACUUUUUGCGUAACAGUAUUAUGCAAUAAAGUCUUGUUUGUAUGUGUGUUGUAUUUCUCAGUUUAUUACUAACCCUACUCACCCUGCGGUCACCCUGCAGCAUACUCUGCCUGUAGUUUGAUUUUAAUAACAAGCAUGACGGUUGAUACGUUUAUAUGCUGUAUUAUCCAGGCCAGGUUGGACUUUGUACCUUAAUGCUCAUGUCUAGUUUGAAUAUAAACAGUCUAAUAGAAUAUUGAGUUACAAAUUAGUACCAAUUUGUGAUCAAUUAUUCAAUCUGGUUGAUUUUCACUGGGAACAUGCAAUGUGGUCAAGGCCCAAAUCUUGCCCAGUGGGGUCAGGGAUUUGUAUCUAAAGGUUGUUGUGUUGAGAUGAAAUGAAAGUUUUUACAAAGACAAUUAUCAAUUCAAAGACAGAUGUUGAACAUCAUUUUAGUCUUUGAUUUAUAUUUUCUAGUUUAUUAUAUGUGAAGUUGAAUAAAUAGGUAAAGCAGAUGUAUAAUCUAGUGGUAAUAUCUAUUUUGUAAAUGUAUAUUUUGUAGAGUUAAAGGUUAUGAGAGAAGUAUAGAUUAGAUUGGACAGCUGUGAUAAUCUUCUAUGCCAAUGUCAUCCUUUUGAUAAAUGUUUAUUCUUCUAUUGAAGAAAACUAGACAGGGGAGGUUUUCAAGCAUGCAAGAUCCCAUAAAUGCCAAAGUAGUUCUAGCGACACAAAUCGAAGUGCCUUGUCAUGUUUUGAACAAGAUUGAUUCCUUGUUGGUUAACUUUGUCCUUUAAUCUUACUAAACAUUGCUAAUAGUUGCCUCCAAUAUAUACAAACUAUUAAAAAAAACCUUGCUAACCAAAGAUUGUUUUUACUACUAUCCUUAACCUUGUAUUACUAAGCUUAGACAAUUUUAGUUAACUUCAGGGAAGUAAAGUUUGGAUCUGUGAUAUUGUAUGCAUUAAAGUGGUCCCUCCCGUAAGAUUAUUAUAGACAUAUAUGUUUCCUAUUUCAUUUCUACAAAAUAAAAAAUCAUCGUUGUUUUAUUGCUGUAGAGAAUACUCAGAUGGUCUUGGUUAUUCAGCCUUGCCAUGUUAAUGAUAAUCAUCUGCUAAACAUACAAAUAAGAACAUUUUCAUUUCAGUGUAAAUUUCUCUUUAAUUCAUUGUAGUGGUAACUUGGGACGGAAAAUAUUAAUGAAAUUCCCGUCUAGUGACGGGGUAAAGAUCGCUAUGAGAAGUUAUAACUUCCCCCUAUCGCAUGUUCUUACAUGUUUACUUCUGUCGUCUUUCUUGGUUAUUUCAAGUUUUGCUCAAAAUGCUCAAAUUUAACAAAAACCUGCUUAAUGCUGUUUAUCUUCUUGGAUCUGUUUAUUUUACUUUUACUACAUUUAUUUCUGAAAGCUUGAGCGAAACAUCGCCAAGCUCUAUUUACACAAUAUAUCCAUGACAAUGCUUUCAGAUGAUGAUGUUAGACGUUUUGUGUCCUGCUCUCUUGUGGAUCUUGAGAGCAAGUGUUUAAAUCACAUUUGUUUCAUAUUUAACGGUAUGUACAAUCAUUGAUCAUAAUGAUGUUUUUCAAGGCAUAAUUAUAAUUGAUAAUCAUUUUAACACAUAUGCACCAAUCAUUGAAUUUAGUAUAGUUUUACAUCGUAACCUUCAUCCUUUGAUUUUGAAUCUCAUUUUUCAAUUAUAUUUGUGAAUAUACUGAUGACGAUAGUGCAGGGACCUAUAUUUUCACUGCUAUGGGUAGUCAUCGCAAGCAAGGAUUUUUUUUUACAAAAAAAAAAGAGUAUUAAAGAAUAUGAAAAAAAGUCAA